AUGGCCAAGAGAGGCACUGCGACUGAGCAUAAGAUAGGAAAUUGGGAAGCCAUGAAGAUCUGCCGAAGAGGCGCCUUCUGGUCUAUGUUCAUCUCUCUCUCGAUAAUCAUGCGUGCCUACGACAUCGAGAUCAUGGGCAACUUUUACGCACUUCCGGCUUUCCAACAACGUUUUGGUAUUUUCUAUAAGGGUCACGGCUAUCAAAUCCCCGCCGCUUGGCAAGUCGCCAUGUCCAUGGGCUCCCUGGUCGGACAGAUUAUUGGGGCAUUCAUUGUCUCAUAUCCAAUGGAGAUUUACGGUCGGAAGAAGACUUUUGCUGUCUGUCUUAUCCUCACUGCCAUCCUCACCUUCAUGCAAUUUUUCGCCUCCACGAUUGGUGUCCUCACAGCAUCUCAAUAUCUCUCGGGGGUUGUCUGGGGCGGUUACUGCGUUAUUGCGACCACCUAUGCCUCAGAGGUCCUCCCACUCAGUCUGCGAGGCUUUCUGACAGGCUAUAUUAACCUGUGCUACGUCAUGGGCCAAUUUAUUCAGACGGGCGUUACGCGUGCUUUCAUUAAUCGUUUCGAUCAAUGGGCUUAUAGGAUUCCGUUCGCCCUUCAGUGGAUCUGGCCGGCUGUCCUUCUCUGUGGCCUUCCCUUCGCUCCUGAAAGUCCAUGGUGGUUGAUUCGACAGAAUAAGUUGGAGUCUGCAGAACAGGCGCUCGAGAGACUUUCUGAGCCUGAUGAACGCAUCAACACGCGAGAAACCCUGGCAAUGAUGGUACAAACUGACAUACUGGAGCACGAGAUUGAAGUCGGCACUACAUAUGCAGACUGCUGGAAAGGUGAUAACCGUCGCCGUAUGGAAAUCUGCAUUUUGCUCUUCGUUAUCCAAAACUUCUCGGGCAAUCCGGUUGGAUUCGCGACCUAUCUCUUUGAGCAGGUUGGCCUUAGCGGCGAGCAUGCGUUUGAUGUGGGCGUAGGUCUCAACGGAAUGGGCUUUGUGGGGACGUUGUGCUCUGCCAUUCCAUUGAUUUAUUUUGGUCGUCGAUCUUGCUACAUCUUCGGACUUUCAACUGUUGUGACGAUACUCUUCAUUGUUGCCUUCAUAUGUCUGGCAAAAGACUAUUCCACGAACCAGAACUAUGCGUGGGCUCAGGCUACGCUGCUCAUCGCGUUGCAGUUCAUUUGGCAGAUGACUCUAGGUCCACUUACUUACGUCGUCGUCUGCGAAACACCAUCGACCAAACUUCGAUCCAAGACCAUUGCACUUGCAACCGUGAUUGACGCCAUUACUGGUCUCGCUACUUCUGUCGUUGGGCCUUACUUGCUGAACCCCGGUGCAGCUAAUGCAGGUGCCAAGAUCGAGUUCUUGUACGGAGGGAUCUCAGUGUUUUCUCUUAUUUGGUGCAUUUUUCGUCUUCCAGAGACUAAGGGACGGACCUAUGAGGAGCUGGAUAUUUUAUUUGAGCGAAAGGCGCCGGCUAGAAAGUUUAAGGCGUAUGUUAUUGAGGAUGCUGAUGAUAUCGUCCCUGGAGUUUAA